CACUUUGCAGAUUUUAUUUUUCAUCUUCAUUUUUGUGGCAACUGGCAGGCAGCAGUUUUGUGAUAAAAUGAAUCUUGUGUUUGUUUUGUUGUGUGAUGAUAUAAAAAAUAAAAUAUCUCAUUGGUUUUAAAAUAGAAACAUAUGAUUACGUUAUAUCAUCGUUGAAUGGUUGCGAAUUACGAAAUAAUCCGAAGUUUUGUUGGUAACAACUUGCGCGCAGCUCUCAUAAUAGCAAUUUCUACUUCCUGUAUGAAAUGUGGUUUCGGAGAAGAUUUCUAGCUAUUAUAUUCUUAAGCUGAGGAUAAUACGCAUUAUUUACAAUGGAUUCAAGCCCGGAUUGGUUAUAUGAGAUAUUGCAAAAUGUGCAACUUGAACAGUUUUAUCUCCCUAUCAGAGAUCAACUUCAGAUAACAAGAUUAGCACAUUUCGACUAUGUUCACACGGAAGACCUCGAAAAAAUUGGCAUUAGUAAGCCAGGCAUUCGCAGAUUACAAGAUGCUGUGAGAAAAAAGAAGCUACAACUGUGGAAUAGAAAGUUUUGGAACAAAUUGUUUGGUACUUCAAGCUCAGUUGCACGAGAGAAGACUGAAGUAGUGAGGCCACAGGCACUGACAGACUCAAGAACAACUUGUAUAAUAUUAGAAAAAGAUGUUGUGUUGCACAAUGAGCUAGGCAAUGGAUCAUUCGGAGUAGUUAAAAGGGGUGAAUGGAGGGUGUCAGAUCAAAUGUUGGUACCGGUAGCUGUUAAGGUGUUAAAGGAUGACGCAUUCUCGCAACCAGGGGUCUACGAAGACUUCCAGAGAGAAGUAGAGGCUAUGCAUAGUUUGAAACAUCCCAAUUUAAUCAAGUUACAUGGAGUUGUAUUCUAUCCGUUGAUGAUGGUGUGUGAACUGGCACCUAUGGGCGCAUUAUUGGAUUAUAUUAGAGCACAAAAUGGCAAAGUUUCCUUGAAUUAUAUAACUAAAUGGUCAGGACAAGUGGCAGCUGGGAUGGCUCAUUUGGAGAAGAAUAGAUUUUUACACAGGGACUUGGCGUGCAGGAAUAUUUUAUUAACGAAUCUGGAAUUGGUUAAGAUUGGUGAUUUCGGGCUGAUGCGUGCUUUGCCUGACGCCGAUGACUGCUACGUCAUGAGCGAACGUCGCAAAGUGCCGUUUCCCUGGUGCGCGCCCGAGUCGCUGAGAUCAAGGCAGUUCUCACACGCUUCCGAUGUUUGGAUGUUUGCUGUGGCCCUAUGGGAGAUGUAUUCCUUUGGCGAAGACCCUUGGAUGGGUUUAAACGGCUCAGAGAUCCUGCGUCUCAUAAUGCGUGAAGGGCAACGCCUCUCCGCGCCCAACGCUUGUCCACCCGAUGUGUAUAUGCUGAUGAUGCAGUGUUGGGACCUGAACCCAAAGGAACGACCUUCUUUUGAGGGCAUACAGCGGUUUAUGGAGACUAAUAAGUUUGAUACUGCUGUUGCUAAUCUUAGCUAUAGGAAACACGGACAGAUGUCGAUAGAAGCAGGUGAUACGAUUGUAUGCAUCGACAAGAGGCCAGAGCUACACUGGUGGAAGGGGCAGAACCAGCGAACGCUAGAAGUUGGCCUGUUCCCUAGUACGCUGGUGACAAUAAUGAAGAGUAAAAAGAGUUUAGACCUGGCAAAGAAAUCUCAAACACUUUCGCCGGUCCGGAAAGUUUCUCAACCAAUAAAUGGUAUUCAAGAAGACCCAGAAGUGACACUGAGAAAGCGUCGAACGAUCGAGUCGACGCAGCCGACCAGCACGCGAGCCGGGAACACGGCCAGCAAACAUUUCAACUACAGCAAGCUUAUCAACGACAGAACGCUCAACUUGCCCGACCGAAUGACCCGGUCUGAUAGGGAUCAACACUCCAAAAGCUUGAAUCAAGUGAAGGAAGACUUGCUGAUUGACAUAGAUUUGCCACCGAGUACCCUAAAAGCCACGCCCACCAAGAAACCAGCCAAUCAGAACAUCUCGCUUCUCGACGAGCCAAUAGACGUGCCAGAAAUAGGCACAGAAUCGGACUGGGGCCAGCAAAGCAUAGAAAGCUUGCCAACCUACAGCACCGAACCGCAAAAUCGAAUCCACACGAAUCUCUAUGGUGCUAAGUCUUUGGAUGGGUUGAAUCAUACCAACAUGCUCACAUACUCGACUCAACCUCUAGCAUUUGACAUUUCGCACUCUUUAGUUGUAGAAAACGAAUCUCCAAAAUUAUUAUUAGAAUUAACCAAUUCAUACUUCGAAAGUCCACCUGCUUUAGCCACGAAUAACGAUUUACCAAUCACUACUACAGAAUCUAAUCUGUACAAUAAUGUAACUCCAAGUAUGAAUAAUUCAUUUAACCGAUCUCCAUACGGAACCAUGAAUAACACAUACUCAACUAGUGCUCUCUCAUCAAACGAAUCUAACGUAGUUAAGUCCAUACAACAGAUGUCUUUGGACGACAGAAUUUCCGAAUCCUUGAAUCUCAGAUCGAAGAAUACUAAUGAAAAUAUCUAUGAAAAUAGAACACAAGAGGUUGAACCGUCUACUUCGAUAUAUAGUAACACACGGACUAACCAAAAUGAUAUUCCAAUAUACAGCAAUUUCGAUACAAAUCAACAGCAGUUUAUAUUGGAAACAAAGGAUUAUUAUACAAAAUUUUCAACACCAUCAGGAAGUCAGACGAACUAUGAAAAGAACAUUUAUGUACCAAAAUAUGAAGAAGAAGGUGAGAAGUUAAAGAACUUCAGUGAAUCUCUAGAAAAUUCUAAGAAUUAUUCGGCUCUAAAGUAUCAAAAUGUUGAUUACACGUAUGGUUAUGGUGCAUCGACGUCCCGCGCAGUCUACGAUGAAGUGAAUGAUACAGCUAGUAAUAUUUAUAGUGAGAUUGGUGAAAAUGACGUGUAUUCUAGAGCUAACUAUUCUCGGGGUGACGUGUAUUCUAGUGCGAACUAUUCUCAGAGUGAUGUGUAUUCUAGUGCGAAUUAUUCUACCACAAAUCCGUGUUUGUAUGACGAAGUGUAUGAACCUGUGUCACGGCCGCAUCGACCGGCGCCCCCUUGCCCGUACAAACCCAAGUAAAAUAAUAAAAUUUUGCAUAUAUAUAAUUUGUAUUUUAUAGUAAGGAUUUGUUUGUAUAUUAUUAGAUUAAUGUUUUAAGGUCGGACCCCAUUACAGCGGCUCUGCGCCGCACAAAGCGUCAAAAAAUUAUUUAACUUGUCUCCUGCCGUCAUGUUGGCACCAAUGCUUUGCUUGCUUUAUUCCUUAGAUCUGAGGGUUUACUAUUGUGUGAUUUGCAAUAGUGCCAACAUAGCGUCAGGGGUCAAGUUAUCUGUCAUAGUGACAACCUGCUGAGAAUAUUUUGACGCGAAGCGACGCGCUGCGUAGUGUCGCUGUAAUGCGGUUGGGCCUUUAGAAUUCUCUUCUUGAUGUAUCCAAUUUGGUAGUUCACUGUAAAGAAAUGCUCAAAUGGCGCAAACAUAAACACAAUAAAGGCGAAUCGCAAAAGUCAAGAGGCUUGAAAUAUCUUUGUUAUCAAUAAAAUAAUGCUUAAUUCUCAAGCUAGAUCUCUUACCAAGUGUCUGUCUCAAUAUUUCCCGAGCUUUGCCGUUUUAAACCUAAAUCCACGCAGAUGAAGCCGCAGGCAUCAUCUAGUAAAUCAUAAAAAUCAAUGUGUGUGUCAUUCUCAGGAUUUCUCUAGAUGCUGAUUAUGAAACCAUUUUCAAAUCUAUGAUUUUAAUUUUUUUUAACAUCAAAACUUUUAGCAUAAUAUGGACCCACACAUUUCAGUAACUCUUAAUAAUUAUCUUAACUAAAAAUACAGUUAUCGGGAUACGGCAAGUGAUUCGAGUUUCGGCAAAUCAACUGGCCACACUAUUCGGGAUACGGCGAAGGUUUUGUGUUUGGCGAAUUUUUAGGCAAUUUAAAGGCAAUUCACCGUCCGGCAGACGCGAUAUUCUGUGACAGCGAAUAGUCCGCCAUAUGGUGUAUUAGAUACAUCCGAAAAAAUAGUUCCCGUGGGAUUUUAAAGAAUGUAUCCAAUUAUCCAUGCUUUUAUAUUCAAGUUAGCGCAAAUGUGCGGAACGAUACGAUUGACGCCAACCACACAAUUCGCGAUAUCACGAAUCCUUUGCAGAAUUCCGAGAGUGGAGCUGUACCAUAAGAUAGAACUUUAACCUAAAAUUAAGUUUUUUAUACCUUUCUACUUAGUACUAAUACUGUAACAGUCCAGUGUUGUAAAUUAUUUUGCGGUUACUACAAUUUUUGUACAGUGACAAUAUUAUCUACAAACGGAACGGAAAAACUAAUAAAUGUUGCCAUAUUGUAUGCCUGUAUAAUCUGUGUUAGAUAUAUUUGAGGAUUCUGAUAGCUUUAAAUUAUUAUUACUCGCUUUAUAUGAAUAUUGAUUGAGUCUGUUGUCCUGAGUUUUUCCUGAGACAAUACUGUAUGCGUGCAAUCAUCCUCAUUUUAUAUUCGAAGAGAUUGGACUGAAAUUUAUUUUGUCUAAAAGUAUUAAGACUGUAUUACAUAAUAAUAACUAAAUGCUUUAAAAUUAUAAUUUGCAAACUUCAAACUAUACUUUACCUACAUUUUAUAGUUGACCAUAAAAUUACUUUAUCAUACAACUUCCAAGAAAUCAAAACAUCACAAGCUCAAACUUUUAUAAGCGUAUGUAUGUAGGUUUUGUAAGCAAAAAUCUUGUAAUGUUAUGAUGUGCAAACGACAUUCAACCUUUAGCAAUUGUCCGUCCGCCGACGAUUAGCGAGAAACGAGUUGGCGAGCAACGAGUAGCAGAUGUGUAGUUGGGGUAAUUCUGACGCUGGGCCAUAGAAAGUAUGUGAGUGCGACGGACGAGUAAUCGCUCGUCAUACAUGAAUCAAUUCCUGCUCAAACUGUGCUAGUGUUUUGGCGCCAAGAGAGCAUCGCUGAGCGAGUUUUUCUUUGAGUGCUCUUAUUGCAGCGACAAACUAGUGGAGAAAGAGUUCUCGCCAGCAGUGUGCAUAAAUCAAGUAUUUACCUCUUAUUGACUCUGAAAUCAUAGAUGAUUGUACAUUUCUUGAGCCAGAAAAUAGUCGAUAGCUUGUCGCGUUCUCGUCGGCGGUGGGACGUUGAUAAAACAAUUUUAUGGUCGAUGUUACAUUAUAUUAGAAUAAAUAAAAAUAAUAUAAUUUCAUCUCAAUGUCAACUAAUAGGAAUAAAUUAAAUAUUUUAUUGCCAAAUAGGACCAAUAAGUAUUUUUAUAUAAAAGUGUCUGUAUAUUUUAUUACGGUUUUGAUCUAGCUGUUUCAAAAAGGUUUAUUAGAAGACAUGAUUCAAAAUAUUUUAAAUUAAGUGGUUUUAUUUUAUAUAAUAAUAAGAAAAUGUACCUGUUUGUAAUUCUGUAAUGUUUCGGACCUGAAAUAGCAUGUACCUACAUAUUGAUAUAAUUCUCGAAACUCAAGAUAUGCUUACUUUGUGCGUAUAUUAAGUUUAACUUUUAGAGUGGAAGAUUGAUAUAUCUGUAUAGUUUCAUUUAUAUAAGUUUUAUUGCCAUUAUGAAGCCAGUGGAAAUUUUGUUUAAUUUUAUUCAUUUUUGUCUUACUAAUUUUAUGUAUGUCUGUUUCUUUCGACAUUUAACUAUUAAUGAUAUAUCAAAAUGAUUGAUAGUAUUUGCUUAUAGAACCUACCUACAAUAAUAAUGUUACUAUAUCUGUCCAAUAUUUUUGUAUUCCAAAACAAAGGAAAAUAAUUGCUUUUAAAAAUAAAUAAUAAUAUUGACUAAUGCCCGGUGCUAUCAAUCCGAUUUUUUGCGAAAGCAUAAUACAUAUGUCUAUAAAUGUAUUGCACGAAAAACACUACAAAAAUCCACUUCCAAACAAUUUGAGCAUAAUUAAAAAAAACAAUUAUUAGCAUAAAUUAUAUGUGUAUUCUUCAACAAUCCUGUUAUAACAAAAACUGCUUAGGCUCAACGCACACCGGCCGAGUGAAGUGGAGCUGAGGUCCUACCUUUACGCUGAGGACUUACCCUUAUGUUUUAACUUUUUUUUAAUUUUUGGCAUAAAGACGACUGGUGGCGUGACUUCCACCAGACUUUCGUGGCCAGGCGUGGUGUAUGUCCUUGGAGUCAUAUUUCAACUUGUAUAAAGCUGAGCUUAGGUAAGGAUUCCGUUUAUCCACCCUAAGGUGUAGGUAGGUAUACUUGGAAACGUGUGUCCGUUCUAUCCUUCUCGGACGGUAAUUUUAUGUAAUGGUAUUAAUUUUUAAUUCGUGGUGGAUAAACACAAGUUUCCGAGUAUACACCCUAAGGUGGCUGUUUUUCGGUGGAUAAACAGAAUAAGCCGUAAAAACUCGUCUCUACUCCAUCUGUGUGCGCUGACCUUAAGACAUUGUAGUGUUUUUCUUAUUGUCUACUCUGUCGAUACUAAAAUAAUCGAUAAGUAGCUAUAGAUUUUUUAGAUUACUGAUAAAAUAUUUUAAUAAAGAAACUGUUAAUACUCUAUUAGCUAACUUUGUAUUUGAAUAGUUUUUACAUUAUAGACAAAACUAUAGUUUACAAAUUUCUUUGUACAUGUGUUGUACAGCAUAGAUUUAAGUUAUAGUUUAAUGUAUGAUAACAGCUAUUAUCACAAUAAAGACUUUGACCUGAUUA